CCUGGCGCCCGCCACACCCGUCAUCUGCUCUUUGCACGAGGGACGUGAGGUGGAGUACUUGGAGUCGGUAACACUCAAGUCUCUUGGCAUCACAACGCGCUCGCCCCACACGUGGCUCGAGGUCGUACUGUCUGGUAACUGCGACGCUCCGCACUGCCAAUAUUACUACUCUUCAUUGGUUUGCCUUAGCCAGCGCGAGAAGCCGGAGUGGUUACCGUCUACGGACACCACUACAUGUCAUCUGUCCGAGCUGUCUAGUAUCUGCCCGCGCCUGCGUCUGCGUAACCCACAGUGGACGGAGCACGGAAGCCCGUACAGCAAGCUCUUGCGAAGCAGGGCUGCGGCACUUGUUUUAAUGCGGCGGCCUGACCUUCAAGGUAACAUCGACGUUAUCUUGCGGUCGUACAACAAACGAGAAGAGUCCCUUUUGAAACUACUUACCGUUGGUCCGUGA